AUGGCUGAUCCAGGAGACAGUGAUAAUCUAGACCAUGAUGGCUCUCAGGCUAAAUCUAGUGGAUCUAGGGACAAUAGUCCAACCCCUGAUCAUCAGGCAAAUGGUUCUCAGACCAAUACACAUAAUAAUGAUUCUCAGAUCAAUGUCGGUGCUUCAGGUUCUAGAAAUUCUGAUCGAGACUGGUUGAACUCACCAAGUCACAGUGAUAGUGAAGAUAGCACUACUUCAAAAAAGCAUAGGUCUUGGGAUUUUGUCAAGAAAAUAGCUAAGGGAAACAUCUCUAAGAAAAGAAAACGUUCCCAUUCUAAGCACAAAGCAAAGAAGUCAAAAAGGAGAAAAUACGACUCGAGCUCCUCUUCUUCUAGUAGUUCAACAACUUCUGAUUCUGACAGUCUAGACGACAUGUAUGAUCCGACAGCAUCAGAUAAGUCGGAUUGGAAUCUAACAGACAAACAAGCAAAAUAUGUCAAGAUGUUUUGGUUAAAGAAGACUUUACCUUACGAGAACAUACGGGAAAAAAUUCUCAAACACACACCUGUACCCAAAAACAAAGAGUUAAAAUCUAAAGAAAGAGAUGAGUUCAUGACGCAUCUUUCUCAAAACCACUUUGUGUUAGAUCAAGAAAAUAGAUUUAAAACUCUACAGGACAAGUUAUCUCAUGUCAUGGGCCCUUUAGGGCUGUUGUGGUCCUUGAUUGAACAAGGGAAAAGUGGAGCCAAGGUCAAUCUGGACAAUUUAAAAGUACUUCUUGAAAAGUCAGUGCUAUUACUGGGCCAAGCUCAUCAGCUUGGAACAUACUAUAGACGUAUUACCUGUUUAUCCCCAGUAGUGAAUUAUAGCAAGAUUAAAGCGAAACAACUCAUGAAAACACACAUGGACGUUCUGAAAAAAUCAGGUGACAAAUUAUUUGGGGACAAGAUGAAAAAAGUGCUCUUACAAGAAUCAAAAUCUAAGAAAGAAAUGUCACAAAUUAGGAGUACCCUAAGAGGAGAUCGGGACAAGCCCUUUCAAAAGACCCCUACCUCGGGUGGCAGGGGUAGGGGAAGAAGCGAGCCAGCCCCAAACACAACAAGAACCUCUACUGUCCCAAGUGGCGCAUCAAGAGGCAAAGGCAGAGGAUAUGUCAACAAAUCCAAUAGGGGGAUGGCUCAACCAGGCAAAGACAAGAAGCCAUAA